GCCAGAAUUUUACGACACCUUUCAUUAGCCCUGCUCCGUGAGUUUGGGGCCUUACGUAAUUUGAUCUCAUGUCUCUGCCCCUCCUAGUCUGUAUGUCCAAAGGGAGCAGCAGUAUCACCACCCAAUUCGCUCCUUCUCCACCACUCCCCUCUUCGUUCCGCUCAGACAUGUGGGCUGAGCGCGGCAGCACAUAGCACUACGAGGCGCUGCGUGAAGGAAAACAUCGUCGCUCUGGAAUGAGCUGUGACGGGAAUCCCCUCCAAGCUUUCCUCUUUAUGCUCGGGACCCUCAAUAGAAGAAAAAGGCUCCAGCAUCCGUCGGACAUCACCUCUUGCAAGCUGCACUUGAUAAACACGUGAAAAAAUUUAAAUAAAAGCAGAGGAUCGUCUCCCUGCAGACCCCUGAGCUGGAGGACACUCCCAUCACAUACUGUGCACAGCUGUCCGUCACCGGGUCCGGGAGACGCUGACAGGAGCGUGAAAAGGGCGAAGGCGGGUAGAGAAUAAGAACUGGGAGACAGAAGGAGAGCAGGGGGGAGUUGAGGAUGGACGCCCUGAUUCCUGUUCUGAAGAGUCACCCAGGACCGGCCGUGCUGGUGUGCUCUCUGCUUUUCAGGGUGGUCCACCAUUUGCUGCAAAAGCUGCCUGUGCCCAAAGUGGUGAAGCAGAAUGACCUCCACUCCUGGAAGUGGAGGAACCUCUCUGUCUCCAUGGUGCACUCCCUGCUGACGGGGACGUGGGCCCUGGCUUGUGUGGUGGUCUGGCCGGAGACGUUGAGCAACAUCCACUCCCACCACACCCCUUUGUCCUACCUGCUCGUCUGCGUCUCAACAGGAUACUUUGUGCAAGAUGCCGGUGAUAUCAUCCUGACAGGACAUGCAAGAGCAUCAUGGGAAUUCUUACUCCAUCAUGCACUGGUGAUUUGGUGUUUCCUGUACACCCUCUACACUCAGCUGUACGUAGCCGGUGCUGUGAUAGCUCUCUUUGUAGAGGUCAACAGUGUCACCCUGCACCUGAGGCUGAUGCUGAAGCUGGCAGGCGCUCAGUCCUCCUCCACGUACCACAUCAACAAAUAUGCCAACCUCUUGACAUACAUCACGUUUCGUCUGAGCACACAGUUCUACCUCACCUGGUACAUCGUCCACAACUACUCCUGGCUGGACCGUGGUGGAUACUUUCUCUUCUCCAUGAUAGUGAUGAAUAUUAUGAUCCUGAUUUAUUUCUACCGCCUGCUACGUGCGGAUUUCUUCUCCUGGAGUAAGAACUCUGUGAGACAGAACGGGAUGCAUGACUCCAAAAAGUUUCUCAGUGAUUGACCAAGGAAAAUUUACAGGACUAUAUUAUGUUUUUAUUUGGGGUGGGUGUUUACAGAUUUUGUCUUUCUCCAGACCAUUCAUUGUGACAUCAGGUUGUUGUGUCUCACUGCCAAAGAACAAACCCCCGCAAAACAACCUUUGGUGGAUCAAGUUGUAGACGUGUUCAGAGCUGCGUUCAAGAGAUUUUGGAAAGUUGGUCAUUUGGGACUUCAAGGGGAAUAAGACAACACAACUCUGCUUUAGUUGAAGCCAGAAUUAACUUUUGAGAUUUUUACCACUUUAUAUUUACAGUUUACUUUCAGAAUCACAUAAUCUCAAAGGAAUAGGUCAACAUUUUGGGAAGUACAUUCAGUGGCUUUCUUGGCAAACGCUGGCAGAUUUAUACCACUAUGCCUGAAUGGUAAACAUGCCGCUACUGCUAGCAGCCAAUUAGCUCAGUUUAGGAUAAAGACUGAAAAUGAAAAUAGCUGACCUGGCUCUGUGCAAUUAUGAACAAAUUCUACCAUAAAAUCUGCAAUUUAUUGUUUUACACUUCAGUUUUUGUACAAAUUAAACAAAUAGUGUACGACAUUUAUGUUAAGCCAAGCUAAUAAUGACUGUACUCGUAUAUUUGGAGUGCAGACAUAACAGCAACUGUAUAACUUUUAAGCUAACUCUCAGCGAAAAAAGUAAAUCUCCCAAAUUGUCAAAACUGCUACCAAUAGAUUACAUCUCAGCAUCAUGCGACCUUAAAAUGUGGCAUUUUGGGAAAAACGUUUUCUUGUUGUCACUCUGUGCUCUAAAUAUAAAGCUACAGCCAGCAGAUGGUUAUCCUAGCUUGGAAUAAAGUCUGGGAAGCAGAACAAAAAGUCCACCUUCAGUUUUUGUACAGAUCAUAAACAAGGUAGACAUAACGUGUUAACUAGAGAGCAGAUCAGAGAUACUGGUAGGUUUUUUGUUUUGUUUUGUUUUGUUUUUUCUUGCCUUUGGGCACCAGACUAGUUGUUUACCCUAAGCUAACCAGCUGCUGACUAGCUAAGCUAACCUUGUGUAGCUUGUGUACGGAAAUACAAGAGCUGUAUCAAUGUUCUCAUCUAAAUCUUGUCAAGAAAGCUGAUGAGUAUUUGUCCCCGAAAAGUCAAACCUUGUCCUUCAGGUUGUCAAACAACUGAGUUCAACAUGUUGCCAUAAUAAAUUUGCAAGGGUAGCAGUGUUUUUAUGUAGCAGGCUAACAGCCUGCAAACUGGGAUCAUCUGAUAACUUUGAAAUUUAGAAGCAAUACUGUUUAAUAAGAUUUUAAUAAUUAUUAUGCCUGGAAGGGAUCAUACCUUUUGUUGUUGUUGUUGUGUGUGUGUGUGUGUGUGUGUGUGUUUGUGUGCACGAGCGUGUGUGCCUGUGUGUGUGUGUCAGUGCAUAUCUGUCCACAGCUAACAGUUCUCAUUCUGGCAUACUCUAUUGGACUCAUCAGCAUAAUAUUUUUUUCUGCACAUUUAUGACUGUAUGCUCAAGGACCUCAUGUGGUUGGGCGAUUCACAGUUUUUGAUAAAACCUGUCUUACUUCUCUGUUUCAUACCUUCA